AUGGUCGUGGCUAUCCUCCGUGAUGCCCGUGAGAAACAGUGCAUAACAGAGCCAAAGGGAUCUCGGUCUUACAUGGAGGUGCUGCGCAGGGACGAUCGAUUUCUCAUGAUAUUAAACGACAGCGAACUUGACUGGCAAUCGAAGGAGCACAUGGUUAUUUACCGGGAAGCGAUUCUAGACGGCAUCGAGGCACCUAUUCUAAACCUUGAACCUUACAAACAAAGUCUGAAAUGCCCAUCCUUGGCUGGGUGCAUCCAGCUGGCCAGUGAGUGGCUUGCCAGAUGCGAGAAGAGCCACGCGGAGUGCAAUAACGAGGACAAAAGCGAUUUCGAAUACCCUUUGAGGCUUAUAGACAUAGCUGAUGAGUCUCAACGACUGAUAAUAGUCAAUUCGAGCCGUUCCAGAAGCGUUCGCUAUAUGGCAUUGAGCCACUGCUGUGUUGGAAUAUUCUAG